AUGGACAAGACAGCGCUUUGUUACGGCCACCGAGGCGUUGGCUGUAGCAUAGCCCAUACUCUCUCAGAGUACCCUGAAAACACUCUGACGUCCAUUGGCAGGGCGGUCGAGUAUGGGUCACACGGGGUCGAGUUUGACGUCUAUCUGACCGACUUGGACGACAUUGUCCUGUGCCAUGGAGGGGAACCGGACGGUAGGAUAAACUACAACUAUUUGCGGCUGGUAGACGGGAAGACGGAGGUCAUUCCUGACGAGGUAACCUGCCAGAACCUCACCAUUCCUCCCGAGGAGCUCGUGGUCAAAAUGCCGUGGAUUAAAGGUCGCAAUGCUGAUGAAGUAAAGAGGACGUUUCCUGGGCUAACAAAGGAACAGAGGGAGAGGAUAACUGCGGACUAUGUGAGCGACAACACCCCGUGGAGAAUGGAGGAUGGGAGUCUGGAACACAUGCCAAAACUUGAGCAUGUACUCGAUAGGUAUGGAGAAAAACUCAAAUACAACAUUGAGCUCAAGGGAACAAAGCCAGAGCUGGGUCUAAAGGUCCUGAAAAUACUCGAGAGAUAUCCCAACCUCGACGUUAUGAUCUCGUCCUUCACAUGGGUUCCACCAGAACUCAGCCCAGACUCUCCACACCACGAGAGUGAGCUCGAACACUGGCCAAAUGGAAGGAUGAAGGCGGAUAUUCUGAGACCACUUGUCGACAAACUCCCCGCAAAUGUCUCUCUGGGUGUCCUCUUCAAUUAUGAAAAAACGGCGCUCUGCAGCGUACCACGAAUCAUCGAAAUCGCCAAGAGCUACAAGGCAAAGUUUGUAAACGUGGUACAUGACUUUUGGAUCGAAGGAGAGGGACUCCUCGGAGGAGACCCAGAGACCGGGAAGGACGCCCUCAAACACCUCGUAGAAAGACUCCACAGGGAAGACAUUUCAGUACUCACCUACUGGUGUCAGUCUCCAGAUCUAGAAGAGGACUAUAGGCUACACAUUGAGGCUGGAGUAGACAUCAUCUGCCCCAAUGACAUUAAAGUUGCAAUGAAACUUGUCAAUCAACAUGUUAGGGUGUGA